CAAACUCGGUCCAGUUCUUACUUCAAGUCAUGGACAAAACCAAAAUGUCAAGAAACUGUUCAAAGAAAGUUUCAUCUCCAACAGAUAAGCGGAUGCGACGAUUUCCGCGAGAAAGUCAAAAAGUAACACCGCGCAGUCCGACUUUGUUCCACAGCCAUUGUCCUCAUUCACAUCUCAAGCAAAACAAGUGCGGCGCCUCAAAUCAGAACAGCGUGUCACCUUGAGCCGCCCGUGUGUUUUGUAAACGUGAAUGACAAUAUAUGCCUCGAAUGCACUCGAAUAACCUGCAACAUGUUCUCACGUGUCCCUGAGAACCACGCGUCGAGCCACGUGCUUGUAAAUGUUGUUGAAGGGCAGUUCCUCUAAGAGAGCACGCCGCUCGUGGCGCUUGCGGCUCACCACAUCCUCUUGUCGUUUACAAAAUAAACACAUUGUCGUCACACACUUCGAGGCCUCCCUGAGCGCACGCACUGACCUUCCCGGGGGGGCGUGUGGUGUGUCUAUGGCACAACGUUGUCAAAUCCUUGUGCAGCCCGGGGAAUUUCUUCGUAGUCUGCUAACCUCCAACAGUAUCUGUGGAAUGGAAAAUUGCGAGUCCUAUCGGCAUGCGGGAUGAAGGGUAAUGACAGGAAGCCGAUAAGCACAUCCUCGGAUUCCUCUUCUGUGCAGAGUAAAAUAGUUCACGAGGCUUCUGAAGGAAGACUAAACAACGAGGGAGAAGGUCCCGGAGAUGAAGAGCGUCGAGGCCGUCUUGUCUGCCCGUGACGUGCGUCUUUGUUCGACUGUGUGGAUGCGCUUGUGAAAGGCCAACAAAAACAACACUUUUGAACAGUAAAACAUGGGGAUUAACAUCUCUAUUAUUUAUUGCCUGCCAAAACAAAUGUGCGUCACAGAUCUUGAAUCGUGAUAGACAUUGCGCCACCGCGACGCCACCACAACGUAUCUGCGACAAAACAAUGACGAUGUGACGAAAAGUGGCAACUAUCGGCUCUCAUUUAAAGAGGACACGGAAAAUGUACUUUUGAAAUUGCUUGUAGCGUAUACAAGCAGUUGGGUCUGCGGAGUGCCCGCCUGCCCUCCCAUUAAGUGCAAAAACAACCAAGUCAUACAGUGUACUGUAUAUAGUAUCUAACUAUUUCUGAAAAUAUUUCUGCGAGCUAUCCGUUCUGCACGUCUUCCCCAGUUGCGCUGGGGCGAAGAUCCAGAGCUACUCUCAAGCAAUGGUCUGCCACGGGUGCCCUGCCUCCGCUGUUAUGACAAAGCCAUUGUAAGGUUUAACAUGGACGUGCUCAAGGGUCCACUGGACAUGCUCAAGAGUCCGUUGGGCGUGGGCGCCGCCGCCGGACUGGGCUGCGGGCUCUUCCUGGGUUGGCAGCUGCGUGCUUACUUGGGUCCGUCCCCCAAAGGUCUGAUGACGGCCGUGGCGUUGGGCUCGAGCGAAGUGACGCAUGUAGAAGACGGAGGGGAGUACAAGAUGGUCCUGGUGAUCCGCAGCGACCUGAAGAUGACCAAGGGCAAGGUGGCGGUGCAGUGCUCCCACGCGGCCGUGGCGGCUUUCAAACAGGUGCAGCGCAGAAACCCGGACCUCCUCAAAAUGUGGGAGUCCUACGGCCAGUCCAAAGUGGUGGUCAAGGCCCCGGACGAGGACACCCUGGUUCAGCUCAUGGAGGUCGCCAAGGAGAUGAGGCUGCCCGUGAGCCUGAUCCAGGAUGCGGGCAGGACACAAGUCGCCGCCGGCUCCCGCACAGUGCUCAGCAUCGGUCCCGGUCCGACUGAGCUCCUCGACAGCAUCAGUGGAGGCUUGAAGCUUUAUUAAAGCUCCCUCUUCUUCAGAUGAAUGUCCCAUAUACAGCUUCUAUACUGUAGCAACUUGGAAUGUCAAUGUUUAAUACAAAGGAAAUGCAAUUACAUUCUGGAAUUACCUGUACAGGUUACGUGCAAUAACAUUAACCAUGAGAUAAAUAUCUCAAAUGCGCAGGUCGGCACGCUCGCCCGCUGGUUAGCACAUCCGCCUUACAGUUCUGAGGGCCCGGGUUCAAAUCCUGCCUCGCCUCUGUGGAGUUUGCGUGUUCUCCCCCGUGCCUACGUGGGUUUCCUCCCACAUCCCCAAAACGUGAACGCUAGGUUAACUGAAGACUCCAAAUUGCCCGCAGGUGUGAAUACGAGUGCGAAUGGUUGUUUGUUUCUACGUGCCCUGCAAUUGGCUGGCGACCGGUUCAGGGUGUACCCCGCCUCCUGCGCGUAGACAUAGAUGGACAGACAUUAUUUUUAGUACCAUUCACACACCAAUAGACAAUGUAGUUUUCAACAAACCUAACAUGACUUUUGAGAAUGUCAGAGGAAGUCGGGAGAGAACAUGCGAACCCCACAUAUGAAAGUCGGGGUCACGAUUUGAACCCAGUACCUCUUGACCGCAUGCUGCUGCCCCCCUCCCAACUAUAACCAUGAAUACUCUUCACAGUUUUGGAGCAUUACCUUUUAAAGGCAGAAUGUUGUAUUUCAGUGGUCCACAAAGCGAAGCUCAGAUUGUACAGAUUCGUUAAACACUUGGGUGAACACUUUUCAGAAUGCCAAUUCCUACAGUAUAUUAAACAUUGUAACAUCCCAAUUUCUGAAAAUGGUGGAUUUGGGGGUAGAUAUUAGAUUUAAUCCAAAAAAUAGAUCUAAGUAGGGAAUUUCUAACAAGUUUUACUUUUUAAUUAGUAGUGAAAUAUAUUUUUCAAUCAUUUUCAAAUUUAUUGUCAUGCACUUGUUUGGCCUGUUUUGCAUUCAACCAAAGACUUAAGUGGGGAAAAAAAAUGGCCUAAAACUAUUCAAAUAUAGAUUUAUAGAUUCAAAUAUAAUCAUUUUGUGUAUUUAGUGUUUAGAUUAUUACUGCUGCAGGAAUAUUCAUUUGGGUGUUAGAAAUAAAAGCUUUGUAUUCCAUGUAAGUUUCUUGAUCCUAAAUUAGGGAUGGGAAUUUGACUACAUUUCAUUGACUGAUUCGAGAGUAACUUGACAACCAAUUGGUCAUUCGUUGGUUAACUUAUUUAGAAUCUCGGAAUUUUUCUGGACACCCAAGCACGGGGAGAACAUGAAAUCUACAAAGGCAGGCCUGAGCCAAGAUUCAAACCCUGAACCUCAGCACUGUGAGGCAGGCGCGCGGACCACUGCUUUCCUAAUUGCUUACAUUUGUUAAAACUCAUUGACUGCCAGCCUUCCCAGUUCAUAAGGAUAUUUGACCUUGAAAGCCAUCCGUUGCAGUGAAUGUGUUUAGAUGAUAGUCACCAAGAUGCUCUCGCAUGCUUUAUGCACCAGAGACUACAGGGGAGCAUCUUUUUUUUUUUUAUUAGUUUUUCAAAAAUAUACUGAUCAGGGUUCACCACUAUACUUGAAGUUUUUCCAUUUGUUUGAUAUUUAGGCAGCACAUCGGACGACUGGUUGGCAUAUCUGCCGCACAGUUCUAAGGUCUGGGGUUCAAUUCCCGGCCCCGCCUGUGUGGAGUUUGCAUGUUCUCCCCGUGCCUAUAUAUAUAUAUAUAUAUAUAUAUAUAUAUAUAUAUAUAUAUAUAUGGCCUGGAAGUGUUGUAGAAACUCGUACCAUAACGGCCCAUAACAUAAUAAAUUUGCCCUUAAAUGAAACAGGCCCAUAACAACAAAAUUCCUGAACCUAUAACAGUAACUUCAGGCCAAUUACGUAAUAGUAUUACCAUAAAGUGAGCUGCUGACGUGUACAAAGUCAGGUUACACUGACACGUAGGAAUGAAACUUCAUUGUGAACGGAGUUUUAUAGUUCUCGAGUUCGGUGAUUCUCAAAAUGUGUUACGAGUACAAUUAGCGGUACACGAAAGAAUCACUGAAUUAAAUACAAUUAAACUUGACACGAAAUACAAUCAAAAAAUAGAAGCAGGCUUCUCGCUAUGAAAGUUUUGUUUUUUUUUCAUUUCUCAAGUACACCAGUUGUAUUUGAGUACAGUAAAUGUGCUUUUUAGGACUAAAACCUCAGCCUCUAUAAAUAAGUUUGAAUGUAUUUUAAUGUUGGCCAUUAUGGUGGUACUUGGUGUGAAACGUACGAGCAUUACUUUUCUAGUUCAUUGAUUCUGUACUUUGGUCUGAAAAUAACCUGUGUAGCCACUUUUCAUGACAUUGUUUGGUGGCAUGUAGUCAAAAUUGUAAUAAAUAAAAGCUGGGAAAUGGUUGACCCUUUCCGUAUACAGGGGGUCCCUCUCCGUUCCGCAUUUAAGACAAAAAAUACCAAAAAACCACUGACAAACCAGAAGCCUUUAUUUUUAGUGGAAAACAAAACCGCCGUUUCAUUUAUUAUGAUCCUGAUUAUGCACAAUCAAGUAUCGUAAGUGCACAAUUUCAAUCGUGGAUAACUUAGGCAGGAUUAUAAAUUCAAAAAGGAAUUCAUGAUUUUCUGUAUAGAUGCAAAUUUUGGAUAUAUCUAUAUAUAUAUACUUCAAAUUACCACAAGUCCCGUGACGAUUCUGAACCAACAAGAGGAUCUCCGCAGUGACCCACACUAAAAGGUGCAGAAACAACCUGCAGCAUACAGAGGGCGCAAUAUAGGUCUGCUUCCCUCCCGAGUUGGACUGGUCCCACGUUAUGAUCGCAUUUAAAGCACAAUGGCGUGUCGUCUGGAGAUGUACAAAGUCCUGCAUAGAGUGGAAAGAGUCGACCUUCUCUUUAAAUGCUCUCCUUUGACAAUCGGCCCUGAAAAAGUGUUUUGUGGGGACGUGACUGGGACAAUGUAGUGUUUCUGGACUGCGGUGGACACUUGAUCAAAAGGGAAGGUGCACAAGCGGGUUUUGUGAUACAAUAUUAAAUGCAUUUUAGUCAGGAAGCUGCUCACACAUUCACGAAUAGGAAAAAGGGUCGACAUGAAUUUCUUCUCACUACUGAGUGCAAAUCAGAAGCUUCACAACUGAAGAGAACUAGCUCUUCCCCGGCCCACCCUAUUUUACAUAAACCACAUUACCAUUCAAAUAAAAUAGAAGAAAUUAAUCUAGUCAUUAAGGAAUGUGAGAAAAUUGAUUCUUUUGUGAUUAAAUCUUUGACAAAAAAUAAUAAAACAGUCCAUGAAAGCUU